AUGCUACUUCGAACUAAGACAGCAGCGCUUUUUGUUCCGCGUACUUCCCUUGUUUAUCGGCUGCCUUGGGUACAGGCUAGGCAAAAUCACUCUAGCACCGCCGUCUCUGCGACGCUCGGUUGGCUUGAUCCACUGGCGAGGCACAUGGUCUCGUUUCCAGAAUACAUGGGUCUAUUGGAUGUGGGAUUAGCCUACCCAUACACGUAUUCUGUGGUGGCGCUGACGAUGGUUAUGAGAUCAUUCGUAUCGAUUCCCUUGGCCAUCUGGCAGCACCGACGAAAUGACCGGUAUGCGCAGGUCGUAUUGCCGGAAUGGCGAGCAUGGCAGAAGCAGAUCCCAGCCAAUGUAAUUCAGCAGCAUCAGCCGGCAGACGGUGAGCAAGUGAGUAUGGAAACGAAGCGACUUGUUUCACGCAAGAUCCAGCGCAGAUUGUCAGAGAAGUGGAACCGUCUCAUUGCUCUGUACCAUUGCUCACCAGCCAGGACCAUGAUGACAUCGCUCGCAUUGCACAUUCCCUUGUUUGUCCUCAUGAUGGCCCUGUUGCGCCAGGGUGCAGUGCUUCCAGGGACGCCCUUUGCCCAAGAACUCAUUCCGUGGUGGACACCGGAUCAGGAGUUUGCCGCUCACUCAGCAGCCACGCGCCAGAUUCUGCUGGACAAGGGGCUGGAUCCUGGUCUCGCGGACCGUCUUACCAAAUUAGGUGGGCCUACGCUAGCUGAUCGUGAUCCUACGUAUAUCAUGCCUCUUAUAUGUGGCUCGUUGAACAUGGUCAAUGUCGAGUUGACGGCUUGGACGCGGCAACAGCGCCGGGUGCGCGAAUCUGCGAUGGGUCUGUCGACAGAGAACGAGGCUGAUUUGGCCGAAGAACCGCCUCGAGCUCGUAUCCUCUCCAACGUCCUGCGCGUGGGUGCCAUUUUGAGCAUUCCUAUCGCGUGCCAAGUCCCAUCAGUGCUGCUGGUGUGUUGGGGCACUUCUUCGCUUAUGACGCUGGCGAUGAAUUCGUACUUUGCACGUCGGAGUUCCAAAAUAUAA